UCAAGAACAGAAAAUUGCCUAAAUAAUUUAUUAGCAUUAGAAUUGGCAUAAAUAAUGUUGAAAUCACGAUUGGCUCUUACAUCCGCCAAAAAGGAAGAGUCACCAGAGGCAACCACAGCAGAGGUAGGGGAAGAGGAGCAGGAGCAGGGUACAGAGGAGAGAAUCGGUGAAGAAAUACUUCGUCUCCCUGAAUAUGCGGAGAGACGGCUGAACCGCUCGGAGGUCAGCGGCCGAUUGAGCCUUCUCGGCAAGACUGCUGAAGGAGAUGGAUACACCUACCUAAAGGCUACAAUAACAAACCUGAAUCUGACCGAAAUCAGCGCUAUCAAAAGCUUCCAACAUCUACAAUUCCUUGACGUGUCGAACAACCAUCUACAGCAAAAGGCCCUUGAAGUCAUUAAAGACCUUCCCUUCCUCGUCCUUAUACAAGCAGACUUAAACUUACUCAUCUCUGCUGCUUUGCCAAGAAUGAAGUACCUUCAAGUUAUUAUUAUGAACGGCAACUAUUUGAGAUCGGUUCACGAUGUCUACCAACCAGAAUUAAGCACUCUAGAGGUAGCGGAUAAUAAGAUAGAAAAGAUCCAUUUCGAGAAUAGAAUGCCAACUAUUCAAUGCCUCGAUUUCCGUCACAAUCUUAUUCAAGAUAUAAGCAAUUUGAAUUUUCCAAACUUGGACAGCUUGUAUUUAGCUGGGAAUAGAAUUACAAGUCUGGUUGGUGUAGAGAAUCUGGUGAAUUUGAGAAUAUUGCAUGUUCGUGGUAAUCCGAUAAAACUGUUAACCGGUUUCAGUGAGGCCAAUGAGAAAUUGGAAUACAUUAAUCUGAGAGCCUGUAAGGUUCGGACGUUAAUACAAGUAAAGAAGUUAAAGGUGUUACCAAACCUACAAACGUUGAUAAUGAACGGUUGCCCAUAUAUGGGCGGUACAGGAGAAGACGAUGCUGGAGGAGAGGAAGACGACGCCGGCAUCCGAGUAGAGAUGUUAGCCACGCUGCCGCGACUCAAGAGGAUCAACAAGGAAGCCAUCACUCCCGAAGAAAGGGCUGAAGCAAAAGACCUGAUGGUGCAAUGGCUAGAAGAAGGGAAAGAAGACGAAGAAGAGUUGCCUGAAGAAGCAAACGAGGAACAUGAAGAAGAUUAAAGAUUAGGCACAAGACCUACGUGUUGUUAUUA